CAUUUUAACACUAAGCAGAGCCGGGCGCUGUUUGCACCCCAAGCGGUUCGCUUUGCUCCGUACCGGCUCCAUGUGGGGGACAAGUCUUCAGGGUGAAACCCCACAACAAGAUGACCGAACAUAAAACCAGGCGUUUCUUGCAUUAGCGCUGCACUGAUUUAUUUGUUAUUCAGCGCUUGCAUAUGCAAACUAAGUGAAAGUUGGAUUACUGGGAAGAAACCUGCAAGUCUGGACUGGCCGAGAGUGGAAUUUGGAAUCGUGUAAACGGCGUGGGUCAACUUGGAUAUUUGACGUGGAAUGAGUUCAAACUACAACGAGGAGGUUAUGUCCACAAGAACUGCUAAGAGGUCGAGAGGUGGCACGCCUCUGUAAAACACAAAAGAAAACAAAUGAUCUGCUGCCAUGCCUCCGGGGGUGGUGUGUUGUCUUCCAGCCAAUGGAGUCCAAUCGCUGCUAUCUCUUGUGCUGUUGGCGGUCGGCUGGCCUCUUGCCUCCUCGUCUGGUUUGGUCGACCCCUCUUCGACACCUUAUCCCACCUUUAGACGAAACGACACGGAAUUUGAGCACCUGGCCCUGCAUCCUCACCCCCGUGUGGGUCGCGUUUAUGUGGGCGCUCAGGAUAACUUGUUCCAGUUGGACCGAUUUCUCCAAGAGGAACUCCAGUACCGCACCGGACCUGUCAAAGACAGCCGGGAAUGCCUGCCUCCCGUUACGGAGAGUAACUGCCCUCAGGCCAGGAUCACCAGCAACCACAAUAAGCUCUUGCUGGUUGACCCAUACUCCAUGGAACUGAUUACUUGUGGCAGUGUAAACCAAGGGAUCUGCCAAAAACGAAGUCUCGAAUCUGUGGAUAAGGUGUUGUUCUCUACUGAGAGGCCGGUGGACACCCAAUACGUCGCGGCAAAUCAUCCCAAUGUUAGUACCGUCGGCCUCAUUGUUCAGUCGCAUCCUGGCAGGCAACCGCUUCUUUUUGUCGGGCGAGGCUACACAAGCAGUCACCCACCCAUCUCCACACGAAACCUGGACCAGGAUCCAAUAUUUUCCUAUGAGGAAACUGCAAAGUUGGCUGUGGCGGGUCGCCUCUCUGAAUAUGACCAUCAUUUCGUAGCAUCCUUUGCCCAUCGGCAUCACGUGUACUUUUUCUUCUACAGGCGGGACCUGAAGUCCCAGUCACGCGAGUACCGCACGUACGUCUCCCGUAUAUGUUUGGAUGACCAAGCCUAUUACUCCUACGUGGAAGUUCCCUUGACGUGUCGUUCUCGGGCAGGGAAAAAUUAUAAUCUCCUCCAAGCGGUUCAGCUCGGGCUAUCAAAGGACAGCAUAGCGGGUCCAGGCUCUGAGGUUGUUCUUGGGGUUUUUUCCACUCGUUUGGCUUCGUCAACCCGACCCAGUGAGGACUCUGCGCUAUGUACGUUCAACCUGGAAGACGUGGACCGCAGGAUUAAUGCAACCAGAGACCUGUGUUACACACAAAUGGGUAAAGAGUCUGGGAUGGAGGCGGCCUACAUCGAAUAUGAAGUCAAGUCCCUUUGUGUCACACUGCCAGAGAACACUCUGGACGCUUACCCCUGCGGCUCGGAUCACACGCCCAGCCCCAUGGCAAGCCGGAUUGCCGUGGAAGCUGAAACCAUUUUGGACAGCCCGUCUGCCCGACUCACAGCUGUUGCAGUCAGCGUGCGGGAGGGACACAGCAUCGCAUUCUUGGGAGACUCCAAGGGUAACCUACACAAGGUGUUCCUGGGGCCAAAUGGGGAGGUGGAGGAGUACUCAAUAACCUCCAUUCAACAGAACACAGCCAUUAGUUCAGACCUUGUCCUGGAUCAAGAGGAAGAGCAUCUCUUCAUAAUGACACAUAACAUGCUGCAGAAGAGACCUGUGGCUGAAUGCCAGCAGCACCCAGACUGUCACUCCUGCUUGCAAGCCCAUGACCCAUACUGUGGCUGGUGUGUCCUCCAGGGAAGAUGUGUUUUGCAGUCCGAGUGUGGUCGUGGGAAGCAAUCUGGUCAGUGGCUUUGGAGCUUUGACAUGGAACAGCAGUGUCUAGCUGUCCAGCAACUCAACCCAUCCAACAUCAGCAGGGAGGAAAGCAGGACAGUGUCUUUGCUAGUUCCAGAUCUUCCAGCUUUAGAAAAGGGUGAGUCCUACUCCUGUUUCUUCCAUGGCGUCCGUAGUCCUGCCAUUGUCACUGGGACGGGCGUCACCUGCCAGUCUCCACACACCAGCCAAGUCCCGAGGGUGCCUCCAGGACAGGAUUUUGUCCGGGUGCCCUUGUCCCUUCGUUUUGGUGACGUCACAGUGGCAGAGCGAGAUUUCACCUUCUAUGACUGCACAGCUGUUAAGCAGCUCUCUGGCAGCAUGCUUUGUCAUGGUUGUGUUCUGAGCCAGUGGGGCUGCAACUGGUGUGUUCACCAGCACACGUGUACGCACAAGCCCACCUGUGAGGAGGGAGUGAUCAUCUACAACCAGCAUUUUAAACUCCCCACCUCAGCCCCACCCACUGCAAAAACUAUUAAAGUUAUCACAACCCCCACCACCACCACCACAACAACGGCAAUGCCCACGACCACCACAGUACCUCCCACAAGUACUACUAUUACUACGACUACUACUACUCCCACGACGACAACUUCUGUUCCUGCAUUGACGACUCAGGAGGAGGCCGUCCUUCCUGAAACCACGACUCAACACACUGUCGUUCCUCAGACGACCAGCACCCCCAUCAGCACCCAGCCUUCUAGCACCCUGGCAAUCACCAAACCCGCACCGAUGACAUUUCCACCUGUGGACACCACCACUACCACUACCACUACCACCAAGAAGGGUGUGGGAGAAGUUUUGUUCCUCACUCAAAGUACUUUGGAGGAUGUUCAAUUCACAGCAAGUGCAGAAUUGGCGCCGGUCACUAUUGGUGUGGAUCUGAAGCCUGUGAUGCCGCUGGUGAUCCCAACUCCUGACAGCCUGGAGGUGACGACAGAGAUGCCAAUCACUCAGCAACCCGAUGGAACACGGAGCUCAAUGGAUCCGCUCACUCUGACCUCAACCGGGUCCUCUUUGCCUACACCCUUUCCCAUGAGUGAACCGGCCAAUUCUGAGUCCUCUCUCUUCCCGGAUCCCACCCGAGCACCGACUCCAAUACCCCGGCUGGACUCUCAGACCGAGUCUCAAAGCAGGGACCCUGAUGUGUUGUGGCCCGAAGAAGAAGAAGACGGCAUCCCCGCUGUCCUUGCAGAAAACGACACAGCUACUUUUUCAGCUGCUACCGUGCUUUCAGGCGACGGCGAGGUUGAUCAUGCAUCUCCAGCUUACCACCACUUGGUGGACACAGAGCUGGACUACCAGUACGAUCCAGCCGACGCCUUUCUCCCGGGGGAUGAGGGCUCCUAUGUCAGCUGGGGUUCUUCCGCCUGUCCUUGUGUGGAGAAGGUGCAGGGUUCAUCACUACUACCUGUCAGAGUGGAAAGGAAGAUCACGUUACUUGCUCGCAACCUACAUUUGUAUCAGGACACAGAGUUGAACUACGAGUGUGUGUUAGUGAUUGAGGGGCAGACGGUGGUAGUGGAUGCAUAUGUGGAGACCGAUGACGUCAAUCCAUCCAACUUUCACAUCACCUGUCAACUGCACCAGUACACGUAUUCUGCUCCAGCGGAAGAAUACCCCGCUAUGGUGUAUGUGAAGAGGAGGGACACAUUCCAUGUUGACAGCUCUCCCGAUCUAUAUGUGACUUUGUACAACUGCUCCGUGGGUCGCUCCGACUGCAGUCGUUGCCACACAGCAGACCACAAGUACGGCUGCGUGUGGUGUGGUGGCGCACAGGCCACAUGUUUGUAUUCCGGAUCGUGCCGUGACGCGGUGCAGCAGACAUGCCCCGCUCCUGUCAUUCACUCUAUUGAGCCGCUGUCUGGCAUGCUGGAAGGUGGAACGCUAGUGACCAUAACAGGCUCCAACCUUGGCCAGAAGGCUGAAGACAUCCUAACAUCUGUCUUAGUGGCUGGUGUGCCCUGCAGGGUCAUACCCAAUCUCUACGAAGUCUCCUCCAGGAUUGUCUGCACAACACAAGCCAGUGGAGGAGAGAAGAUGGGCCACGUGUCUGUUAAAGUGAGCGGGGGAGAAUUUGGCUUGUCAAGACAGUCAUUCAGCUUCCAGGAUCCGUUUGUGACGGGAGUGCUGCCCAGCAGAGGUCCCAAAGCUGGGGGAACAACAUUGACCAUCAGUGGGCGAAACCUUCUGACAGGGCGUCCCUCAGACCUCACGGUCACUGUGGGCGGUGUGCCCUGUAACAUCGUGUCGGAGGUUGAGACUUCGAGUGUUCAGUGUGUGACGGGUAGCAACAACAAGACGGGAGAUUACCGCGUCACUCUGCAUUACGGCAGCAGCCAACGCCAUCUCCACUCUUCAGUUUACCACUACACUCACAAUCCCAACAUAACGCACGCUAAACCAGCCAAGAGCUUCCUCAGUGGUGGUCGAAUGAUCUACUUGUCAGGUCACAACCUCAACGUAGUGCAGGAACCCCGAAUGGUCGUGACGGUGUCUCCUCACGACACUGUGCAGAAAAAGGCUAGUAGCACAAGAAGAAAGCGCAGAAGGACCCACUCUGACCAACUUUGUCCUGGAGAUCUCUGCUCUGUCAAACAGGUGUGUGUGUGUGUGUGUGUGUGUACACAAAGCCCCGUACAAAUCUUAUUGUGUCUGCUUGCAUUCCGUCAGUUUACAGAACAUUGUCAGGUGAAUUCCUCCUCCCUGAUAUUGUGUCGAUCACCUAUGGUGGACUCGUCGGUGUGGGGCUCCAAGGUCGCUGUGGAGUUUCUGCUGGACAACCUCCGCUUUGACUUCAACGCGCUUAACCCCCAAGUCUUCAGCUAUGAGCCCAACCCAAGUCUGCACCCCCUGAAUCAGCAGGACCCUCUGAAGGCAUACCGCUACAACCCUGGAAGCUUCAUCCAGCUCGAGGGGGAAAAUCUGGACCUGGCCAUCAGUAAAGAGGAGGUGGUGGUGUUAAUCGGGGAGGGUGUGUGUGCUGUCAAGACGCUUACCAGAAACCAUCUGUACUGCGAGCCACCGCCUCAGCAGCCUGCGUCAGGAACCACUGCCAAGAAACGGGAGGGUUCUGACAACCUGCCUGAAUUCACAGUCCACAUGGGGAAUUUGAACUUCUCCCUGGGUAAAGUUCAGUAUGACAGCCUCAGCCUGGCCACCUUUCCCGUGGAGGCUCAGAUCGGAGUCGGAGUUGGAGCUUCCAUCGUGGCGCUCAUCGUCCUAAUCAUCGUGCUUAUUUACAGGAGAAAGAGCAAGCAGGCAUUAAGGGACUACAAGAAGGUCCAAAUCCAACUGGAAAACCUUGAAACCAGCGUGAGAGACCGCUGCAAGAAAGAGUUCACAGACCUUAUGACAGAGAUGAUGGACAUGUCAAGCGACCUGGUUGGUUCUGGUAUUCCUUUCCUCGAUUACCGGAUGUACGCAGAGCGCAUUUUCUUCCCCGGUCACCGAGAGUCGCCGCUGAGACGAGACCUGGACGUCCAGGAGUGUCGCAGACAGACGGUGGAACAGGGUCUCGUGCAGCUUUCCAACCUGCUCAACAGCAAACUUUUCCUCACUAAGUUCAUUCACACUCUAGAAAGUCAGCGGACUUUCUCUCCCCGAGACCGAGCCUAUGUGGCCUCCCUUCUUACGGUAGCGCUACACGGCAAACUGGAGUACUUCACCGAUAUCCUCAAGACUCUUUUGAACGACCUGGUGGAGCAGUAUGUGGCCAAGAACCCCAAACUGAUGUUGCGGCGAACCGAGACGGUGGUGGAAAAACUGCUGACCAACUGGAUGUCCAUCUGUCUCUACGCGUUCCUCAGGGACUCUGCCGGGGAAUGUCUUUACAUGCUUUUCAGGGCGAUAAAGCACCAAGUGGAUAAAGGACCGGUGGAUGCCGUGACCGGCAAGGCCAAGUACACACUCAACGACAACCGCCUGCUGCGAGAAGACGUGGAGUACAAAACCUUGACUCUUAAUGUGUUAGUGCAGGGCGGAGGAGCCAAUGAGUCGCAGCCGCUGCCAUCCAAAGUGCUGGACUGCGACACCAUCACGCAGGUGAAAGAGAAGCUGCUGGAUCAGGUCUACAAAAGCACCUCCUUCUCUCACCGACCUCACACAGACUCUUUGGACCUGGAGUGGAGGUCUGGUGUUGCUGGGCAUCUCAUCCUGUCCGAUGAGGACUUAACGUCUGUGGUGCAGGGCAACUGGAAGCGUCUCAACACGCUGCAGCACUACAAGGUCCCAGACGGCGCCACAGUAGCUCUGGUCCCUCGCCACUCCAAGCACAUUCAUCAUGACCACCACGACUACGUGGCUGGAGAGAAAACGCCGAUGCUGGAGGAUGCAGAUGAAGGUGGUGUGAGACUCUGGCAUCUGGUGAAGGCCAGCGAGGAGCCCGAGCUUCCCAAACAUCGGAGAGGAAGCUUGAGGGAACGAGAGAGGGCCAAGGCCAUCCCUGAGAUAUACCUGACCCGCCUGCUUUCUAUGAAGGGGACGCUGCAGAAGUUUGUAGACGAUCUGUUUACAGUCAUACUCAGCACCAGUAGACCCGUGCCACUGGCAGUCAAAUAUUUCUUUGACCUGCUUGAUGACCAGGCUGCUCAUCACGCCAUCUGUGACCCGGAGACCAUACAUAUUUGGAAGACCAACAGUCUCCCCUUGCGUUUCUGGAUCAACAUUGUGAAGAAUCCGCAAUUCAUCUUUGACGUGCAAGCAUCGGACCAUGUGGAUGCGGUGCUGUCAGUCAUUGCCCAGACCUUCAUGGACUCAUGCACCAUUGCUGAGCACAAACUGGGACGGGAUUCUCCUAUCAACAAGCUGCUGUAUGCCAGAGACAUCCCUCGAUACAAACACAUGGUGGAAAGGUACUAUGCUGACAUCAGGCAAACCAUCUCAGCCAGUGACCAGGAGAUGAACUCUGCUUUGGCUGAACUGUCCAGGAACUAUUCUGGAGAACUCAACUACUUGGUGGCGCUGCACGAGCUGUACAAGUACAUCAACAAAUACUAUGAUCAGAUAAUCACGGCGCUGGAGGAGGACACCACGGCUCAGAAGAUGCAGCUUGGCUACAGGUUGCAACAGAUUGCUGCCGCUGUGGAGAAUAAGGUCACAGACUUGUGACAGAGGAAACGCCUUCCAGUGCUGUGACGAAAAAAAAAAACCCAGUGACAUUUGGAGAGUUAAAGUCCAGACCCCGCUGGGGUGAACUUGAUGCUGAAGAGCACUGAAGAUACAAACAUUCUUUAGGACUAAAUAAGUUUUUAAUCGUGAACUUGACAUUUUUAUUACUAAGCAUCUGACUGAUGGCUGAAGUUGGCUGUUUCGGGAUGACAUGAUGUGGACUUGAUGAACGGAAUGAAUGGCUUGUCGCUGCUGUACGUUUUUUUUAGAGGACGUCUGGGGAAAUGUGUACGUGCAGUAGGUGUGUGUUUUCUCUGGCUGUCAGUCAUGUCGUGUUAGCGUGUCAAAGAAUUUUUAAUGGAUCACAGCCUCCAGUGUCGUAGAAGCAGUUUUACCCGAAGACGUCAGGUUUAGAAAAGUGCUUUUUGUCAUGGAUUGAUCAUAAUACAUCAUAAUAAUAAUUAUAAUAAUAAUACAGUCACACACUGUUUUCCCUCACGUGUACGUCCACAUUAUUUUGGAAUUGUUACAUAUUUUCACGCAAUUCCCCGAUUGCUGCGCUCUACCUCAGCCUGACAUGGUGGAAUUAUUUGAUGUUUCACCAGCAAAUCUCUCCUCAUGCACAUUUCCAACAUUGUUCAGUUUAUGGUACAAGAAAUUGGAGUUGAAAUCCUGCUCACUGAAGCGCUACUUCCAGUCUGAAGGUUUUUUUUUUUUUUACCCUGUUUGUGUCACAUCUUUAGGUCUACUGAUUCAUGUUAGUGUAACUUGCACAGUACGAAAAUAGCUGUUACUGAUUGAACCCGCAGGACUAGUAAUGUACACCUCAGUGAUAUAUUGCCUUGUUGUGUUCUUAUUCUUUUUUUUUUUUUUUUUACAUUCCUCAUUUUCAUUCCUCCCUUUUCACUUUGCUCUGUCCUAAAUGGCGGCGGUACACGUUCAUAAUAACUAGGAUGGCUACUUGCUCGGUACUGACACAAGGUUUCAAGGUGAAGCUUGUAUGUUUAUUGGCCGUGCUGCCACAGAGUCAGCUGGUCUGGAUCCUCUACUUCUAUUCCGCUGUUAAAUUGCUGUCAAAAUCUGCUGGGGUUAUUUUAAAGACAAAGUAGGCCAAGGUGUUGUGAGGGUAAAUUAUGCUCUCUGUUGUUCUUUCAGUCACUUGUGUUGACCUCUGCUUCAUUGAUCUUAUGCUGUAGGAUUAGGAUUAAGUUUGAUUAUGAAGAACACCAAAUUUUUUCAUGGAAAUAUGUGCAUCAGAAUUUGAGUAUUAAAGGUAAUGUUAGGGUUUUAGGUUUUGGGUUAGAUUAGCCAGAUUAGGAUUAGGUAAAUUAGUUUUAGGGUUAGUAUAAAAUUAUGGUUAGUUAGGUUGGGUUUAGGUAGAAGUAAGAGGAACACCAUCAAAUUCAAAUAAAAUUUUCAAUGUUUUGUUCUUUUUUUAAACCAAAAGAUCUGCAUUUCAGUAUGUAAGUUUUGUCACCGCCUGAGAGCAUUUACCCGCACCAAACCCUUUCUGAGCUGUCUCAGUUCUGGCUGGUUCUGCAUGGCCAGUAGAACACACACCAGCUCAAUACAAUGACGCUUGAGAGGUAGGAUACAGGACCGGCGACGGUCUGCUGAGGGAGAACUGUAACUGUUAGACUGUAGAGCAGAGCUCUGCAAGGGGCAGUUUUAAAGAUGUUUCUAAUUGUAUGUGUUAAUAUCGUUGUACAUACUCUUUUUCAAAUGUUAACUGUAGUCGUUCAACCUGUUAAGAAGUGGACAUUCUCACAGAUGCUGAAGCAAUAAAGUAUUCUUAGUUUUUUGUUUGUUUUUUU